AUGGCUGGCAAUGCUGGAGGCCUUACUGGCCUCAGGGAACUGACAAAUUUAUCCACGACAUUUGCUGGUACUUCCAUCUGCAGGCACACACAAGCUCUUGCUGUGGCCUCUACAAUACAUGCCAUCUGGCGAGCUCAAUGGGCCUCUGUCAUGGACGAAAAGUCCUUCCUUUCUGGUGUGACUAUACCCAAGGCACUUGUGGUGAUAAGGCGCUUCUUGGAGUAG